UGAUAAUGUCAGCGGUUACGUAAAACGAUAAAAAUAAUGCAACAGUUGCGUCCUUGGGUAUGUCAACUUCAUCUGAUUUUGACAUUGAGUUUUGACUCUUGAUUUGUCAAUUUGACGAGCUUGCUAUUUCGUAAAAUAUUUCGGCGUGUGUAAGGUGGAAAAAUUCCUAAAUUUUAAUACAGUGUUGAAUUAAAUAGUACCAGAAACAGACAUGGCUAAAGUAAUUACGCUGGGCGAAGUUAAGAAGCACAAUUCCGACAAGAGUGUGUGGAUGGUAAUUCACAAUGACGUUUAUGAUGUGACAAGUUUUUUGGAGGAGCAUCCAGGGGGCCCGGAAUCAUUAUUGGAGGUGGCUGGAGAGGAUGCCACAGGACCCUUUGAAGAUGUUGGGCACAGUGCAGACGCCAGGGAACUCUUGACAAAAUACAAAAUUGGCACGCUGCCUCCCUCAGAACGCACAAAGGAUGUGGAAAGUUGUACCGGUCAUGGAAAAGAAUCCAAGGAAAGUAAAUCCUGGCGGACGUACGAUGGAUCUUCCGGAAGUCGACACGUCACGCCAAAGUCUAACUACAAACCUCCAACCAGCCCUAGAGUCGAAAAGAGAGUGCAAACAAUAGUUGUGCCCCGAGAAAGACGGCCGAGAGGACCUCCCUGCGGCAGUUCCAACUUGAAAUGGGCGAUAUUAGCCCUGGCCGGUGCGGUGGUCAUCGGCAUAGCACUUAAAAAGUACCUGAGUUAAGCCGAUUGAAGAAAAUACUCGCGUGGGUCCAAGCUCUGGAGUCGAAACUGGUUGGAACCAGUGUAGGCUGUAAGCCAUAUAAACAUGUAGAGGUGUAGUACUAUGACAGUAAUUUGUGUAUUAGUAUGUGCCUACUAUGUAUCGCAAUAAAAUUCUUGUUAUUGUCUGGAAUGCUUUGUAAGUGUUAGUAGUAAAACAUUAUUGAAAAUGUGUACCAAAAAAUUAUGCUGGUGAGGAACUUGAUAUAGAAGGGCAAGCCUUACAGAUUUUUUUUUGUGGCUAACGUAUGGUUGAAAGAUUAUGUUCUAAAAAGUUAGAAAAUUGUAAACCUGUGUAAUAGGUGAUGUUAUCGUCUUACAUAUUCAAAUUUCAUUCCUACUUAUUAAAUGUUGUACUCAUAUUUAUAAUCGUGUAGUAAAAUGUUUGUUGAGUCUUCGGACUCCUCGCUUGAGGUACUCGAUGAUGCCUGUGAUAAAUAUUAAGCAAGAACCUAGUACUUAAAAGCCUGUAAAGGGUCUAAAAUAGUCACAUAAAUAUUACAUUGGCUUCCGAUUGUCAGUGACUAAAAAGCUUGUAAAGGCAUAACUUAUUUAUGUAUAAUAUAAAAUAUCUUGCCUGCCUCUUAUGUUUAUUUGUGAUAAAUGGUGCAUAUUAUAAUCUAUACUAAUUUAUAGAAGAAAUGUUUGAGUAAGUAGAUUUGUAGCUAAUCUCUAAAACUACUGAGCCAAUUUUGAAAAUUCUUUCAAAAUCAGCUUAGUAUAUUUACCACUCAAAAUAUAACUGUAGGAAACAGCUUCCAUUUUUAUGUACAUUUUUUCUUAUAAUAGAAUCGCUUUUCCACCAUAUAGAGACUCCCGUCCUCACAACCUUCACUACAACUCCUGUAAGCCAGGAUCAGCAGUGGCACGCAUUUAAUGUCACUAAUAAGAAACUACAUUACUCCCGUUAUAGGCUACUUUUAUCCCGGGAAAAUUUUUUAUUCCAGAAAAACUUUCACGCAGGCCGAACCGCGGGAAAAAUAGUUAUAUAAUUUGAAAAACGUUGCAAUAGCAUUCAUAUAAGUUUUAAAUUGUAUUUAGAAUGAUUAUGAUUGUAAUGGCGUUAGACGUUUUUACUCUUAUGAAUGUUUCGAUUUUGAACCUUAUAUACAGACAAUAGGUGCUAACCAAUAUUGUACAAAACAGGAUUUUGUUGUGAUAUAAUUUAUAUUGUUUUUAUUGUUAUUUAAUUUUUCAUCUUAUACAAUAAACUUGUUUAUAUGUAAAAGUUUUAUUA